AUGCCUCUGUCCGAUUUCCAGAUACCCGAUACCGUUGAGGGCCUGCAAGCGGCUCUUAGCAACGUCGAUGAAGACAUACACACGACCGAAGACAGGGAACACGAACAAGCCCGCUUAGCGGAUGAUGACUUACGGUUGCUGGGCGCGAAACGUCUUGCCAUACGCAUACUCUUGUUGUCGAAGCGGGAUCAGCAGUGUCGAGAAGUUAUACAAGAGCUACCAAAUGCGGUCUUGGAGAAACUACCACGUGAGCUCCGAGAUAUGAUCUACACGGAGCUAUGCCGCGGAAGUCAGGACGAGCAGGACGAGCCGUACGAGCCGUACGAGAUUGUCGACAACAACUCCAAACAUCCACACGACCCCUUGUAUGAGUUUGCACCUAUGGUCAAAGCAUAUGAGCCGCCAUAUUGGAUGUUGGAACGUGAGGUCGGCCCUGAGUUCGCGCGCGAAGCUGUAGAAGUCUGGUAUAAGAGCGCUCAUCUCUCGGUCGAUAUAAAGCUCCUGCAGCCACUAUUGCAAGACGACGAUGGGGUCCUAUAUGACAGCUGGUCACCCUCGUUGUCAUUGGUCCCGCGUGGUUGUCUUUAUUAA